CACCACGUUGCAAGCUACUUCCACUGUGGCUGACAGCUGCCGAAAACGUCACGCCCACAAACGCACCAUGCCAGCCGAGAAAGUUCCCGACACCCCGGUGGAAGUCCUCGUGGAUCUCCUGACAAAAGCCAAGGAGGUAGCCAAAUCAAGUGGCAAUGUGCCAGAGGAGCUGACAAGUCAUCUGCAGAAGGCUCUGGACAUAGCGAGCGGCCUGGAUGACUACCUGGAGGAAAUGACCACACAGGAAAGUGAACCUCUGGCAGAGCUUUAUAAAAAAACAAUCUCGCAUGACUGGGAUCAAGUGCACAAGGAUGGCAAAACUAUGUUCCGGCUUCCUAAGGAGUGCAUCACUGGACACGUUGAAGGUCAGACCCUGAAGAUGCUGAUCCACAUGAGUCAAGCUAAGAGGGUUCUAGAGAUUGGGAUGUUCACCGGCUACGGAGCACUGUCAAUGGCCGAAGGGCUUCCCGAGGACGGCUGCUUGGUUGCCUGCGAGUUAGAGCCAUACCUCAAAGACUUCGCUCAGCCCAUUUUUGACAAGUCUCCGCAUGGCAGGAAGAUCACUGUCAAGACUGGGUCGGCCAUGGAUACCCUAAAGGAAUUGGCUGCUGCAGGUGAGCAGUUCGACAUAGUCUUCAUCGAUGCUGACAAGGAUAAUUACAUCAACUACUACAACUUUAUUCUGGAAAACAGUCUGCUGAAACUGCGUGGGGUCAUAUGUAUCGAUAACUCGCUGUUCAAAGCCAAGGUUUACCUUAAAGACACGACGGAUGGCAACGGACUGGCACUUAGAAAAUUCAACCAGUUCGUCCGUGAUGAUCCACGCGUGGAGCAGGUCAUUAUCCCUCUGAGAGAUGGCAUCAGUGUUAUCCGUCGGGUAUCUGUGGCCUCCGAGUGCUCAAGGACACAGAGUAAAAUAACAGACGACGAGGUUUUCCGCGGGGUCAAGGGGUGCCCCAUCCUGGAUCGGAUGCGUCUCGAUGGAAAGGUGGCCUACGUGACGGGUGCUGGGCAGGGCAUAGGUCGCGCAUUUGCCCAUGCCCUGGGGGAGGCCGGCGCAAAGGUGGCCGUGGUAGACGUGGACCGAGAUAAAGCCGAGGCAGUAGCUGGAGAGCUCUUCCUCAAAGGCAUCAAUGCCAUUGCGAUCACAGCUGACAUCGCAAAAUCGGAUGAUGUCCAGAGGAUGAUCGACAACAUUGUUUCCAAAUGGGGGGCGAUCCACAUCGCCUGCAACAACGCCGGCAUCAACAUGAACUCGGCCAGUGAAGACACCAGUCUAGAGGAGUGGGACCAAACCUUCAACGUUAACCUGAGGGGGACUUUCAUGUGCUGUCAGGCAGCAGGUCGAGUGAUGUUGAAGCAAGGAUACGGCAAGAUUAUCAACACAGCCUCCAUGGCCAGUCUAAUAGUCCCCCAUCCACAGAAGCAGCUUUCCUACAACACGUCCAAGGCCGGAGUGGUCAAACUGACUCAGACUCUGGGCACUGAAUGGAUUGACAGAGGAGUGUGCGUCAACUGCAUCUCACCGGGGAUUGUUGACACCCCUCUCAUCCACUCGGAGAGUCUGAGGCCUCUGGUGCAGCGCUGGCUGUCAGAUAUCCCUGCUGGUAGACUGGCUCAAGUGACAGACCUGCAAGCUGCAGUGGUCUACUUGGCAUCUGACGCCUCCGACUACAUGACAGGGCAUAACUUAGUCAUAGAGGGUGGGCAAAGUCUGUGGUAGAACGGGGUAGAUGAAGAGAUGAAAACUUUUUUUUUUUUUUUUCCUUUUCCUCUUUGCUCUCCUGGGAUUAGUCUCAGAAAUAGGUGGCAUUCACAUUAUCACAUUUUGAUACAUUCCCAUCAGUCUUAGCUAAAAUCUUAGUGGGUGUUACACUUUUCAAGAGUUAAAAUCAGUUUUUAUUGUGAUGAGAUAACUGGUAGCUUUUUGUCCUGUCAGGCAAAGUUAUGCCCCUUCCGGUGUCCCCCAUGAGACCUUAAUCGGAAAAAAACAGCGAGAGACAAUAAUUGUUUUGACCCCUAUUUAAAUUGUGCCAUGAAUUACCCAUAUGGUUGUCAAUUUUCUAAAUAAUUUCGCAAGUUUGAAAAAGUUGCAGUUUGUCAUAGAUUUGUCGUAGUAUCCUUUAAUUUUACGUGAAACUGCUCAGUGAACUACAUCUCUCGUUUUGGGCCAUGCUUAUUAACAGCAUCAACAUGGCCGUAUCCUUGGCUAGCUAGCUAGCUAGCUAGGUAACUUAGCUAUGUCAAAGUAAAAAUGUAACGUUAUCUUCCCUGAUGUGUUUUAUCCAGCGACUUGUUUUAGCAGCCCGGAAGCAAAGGGAACAAACAAGACCCUUUGUUUGUUUGAGUACAACCUGGUAUGAAACAUACAGGGCUUGCAGCUUCAACGAGAGACUUCACUUUAGCGACUUUUGGGUGUGUAGUCUUUCUGAUUACAUAAUUUCACAGUCUAAUACUUCAACAGUUUAAUAUCAAAAUGAGACUACCUUGACUAGCAAAAUUAUAUUUAAAAUACACAAACAUUAUAUGAGUAAGUCAUAGCACAACUCAAAGGGGAUCAGGUUAUUAUUUGUCUCUCACCGUUGAAUAUCAUAAAUAUUUAUUUCAUAAAUAAGGCCCCAUGGUGGUCCACUGGAAGGGGUGUGUCUUCGCCUCUCUAUAGGUUCAGUGUGUCAUGACAUUAGCUUUUUGGUGGAUGAAAAAACACUGUUUAAUGUUAAAUACUAGAAAGAGUCAACAUGGCUGCCAGUUGUCUUGUCACACAAUGAAAAAGUCCUAGAAAAGUUUCUGAGAAAAUCUCUGUGAAGAAAAAAAAAAAAAGGAAAACUGUUACUGUGCCUUCAAAAACGUGUCACAAUAAUUGCUGUAUGUUAUCUUGACCUCAUUUUCUUCAAAUACUUAAGAUGCUGUCGAAACACAACCAUUUUGAUAAAUGUGACUGUUAAUGUUGUCUUCAAUACCACUGGAAGAAACUUGAAUUUGAUGCCAAAUAAACAAAUGUCUAUUGAGAUUGUUUUUAUAGCAAAAUGCUUCACAGGAUAUGGCAGUUUUGUAUUAUGAUGAACAAAAAUGCAGCUUCUUUGCAUGCGUAUUGAACUGUAAGUGGAAUUUUUGAUUGAACAAAUAAAU